GAGUUUGUGUGGCUGGAAAAACUGCAAUGUAGCAGAUUGUCUCCGUGUGAAAAAAUCGCACGUACAGAAGUGUUCCCAGUACUAACAAGGAAGAUACAACUUAAGGACGCGUGUUUGUGUGUUUACCCACGCUUUAGUGUGUGUUUAAAUUGAUCCAAAGUGGUUUCACACUGCUAUUGGCAGUUUUUGGUUAUCGAAACUCUUCAAGUGUUUUUUAAGGAGCAACUUUCCAAGGGACUGACGAGCAAGGUGUAGGAGGCGUGUGUCAGGAUGGCCCAAUGGAACCAGUUACAGCAGCUGGAGACCAGGUAUCUGGAGCAGCUCUAUCACUUGUACAGUGAUAGCUUCCCAAUGGAACUACGGCAGUUCCUCGCCCCCUGGAUUGAGAGUCAAGACUGGGCUUAUGCUGCCAAUAAGGAAUCUCACGCCACAUUGGUCUUCCACAACCUUUUGGGGGAAAUAGAUCAGCAGUACAGCCGCUUCCUGCAGGAGAACAAUGUACUCUACCAGCAUAACCUGCGCAGGAUCAAACAGCAUCUGCAGAGCAAGUACCUGGAGAAGCCAAUGGAUAUUGCCCGCAUUGUUGCCCGUUGCUUGUGGGAGGAGCAAAGACUGCUGCAGACCGCAACCACUGCUGCACAGGAUGGCCAGGCAGCUCAUCCAACCGGGACAGUAGUGACAGAGAAGCAGCAGAUGUUGGAGCACAACCUUCAAGACAUCAGAAAGCGGGUUCAGGACAUGGAACAGAAGAUGAAAAUGCUUGAGAACUUGCAGGAUGACUUUGACUUCAACUACAAGACACUGAAAAGCCAAGGAGAGUUGUCCCAGGACCUAAAUGGAAACAGCCAAGCAGCUGCCACCAGACAGAAGAUGGCUCAGCUUGAGCAGAUGCUGAGCGCCCUGGACCAGCUCAGGAGGCAAAUUGUCACAGAGAUGGGAGGCUUGCUGAAUGCAAUGGAUUAUGUACAGAAGAACCUGACAGAUGAAGAAUUAGCAGACUGGAAGAGAAGGCAGCAAAUUGCCUGCAUCGGAGGUCCACCAAACAUCUGCCUGGAUCGCCUUGAAACAUGGAUCACAUCCUUGGCUGAGUCACAGCUGCAGAUCCGGCAGCAGAUCAAGAAGCUGGAGGAGCUCCAGCAGAAGGUGUCCUACAAAGGCGACCCCAUCAUCCAGCACCGGCCCGUCCUGGAGGAGAAGAUUGUGGACUUGUUUAGAAACCUGAUGAAGAGUGCGUUUGUGGUGGAGAGACAGCCUUGCAUGCCCAUGCAUCCAGACAGACCCCUGGUCAUAAAAACAGGAGUACAGUUCACAAAUAAAGUCAGGUUGCUGGUGAAGUUUCCUGAACUCAAUUAUCAGCUGAAAAUUAAAGUUUGCAUCGACAAAGAAUCUGGAGAUGUUGCUGCAAUUCGAGGGUCAAGAAAGUUUAACAUCCUCGGUACCAACACAAAAGUUAUGAACAUGGAGGAAUCCAACAAUGGCAGCCUUUCAGCAGAGUUUAAACACUUGACCCUGAGAGAACAGAGGUGUGGUAAUGGUGGAAGGACCAAUAGCGAUGCGUCCUUGAUUGUCACAGAAGAGCUACAUCUAAUCACUUUUGAGACAGAGGUCUAUCACCAAGGCUUGAAAAUCGAUCUGGAGACUCAUUCCCUGCCUGUGGUAGUCAUUUCAAACAUCUGCCAGAUGCCAAACGCCUGGGCUUCCAUCCUGUGGUACAACAUGCUCACUAACCACCCAAAGAAUGUGAACUUCUUCACUAAGCCUCCUGUGGGGACAUGGGACCAGGUGGCUGAGAUUCUCAGUUGGCAAUUUUCCUCCACCACUAAGAGAGGCCUGACUAUUGAACAGCUCACAACCCUGGCUGAGAAGUUAUUGGGGCCAUGUGUCAACUACUCUGGCUGUCAGAUCACUUGGGCCAAGUUCUGUAAGGAAAACAUGGCGGGCAAAGGCUUCUCCUUCUGGGUGUGGCUGGACAACAUCAUUGACCUGGUGAAGAAGUACAUCCUGGCACUGUGGAAUGAAGGGUAUAUCAUGGGCUUUAUCAGUAAGGAGAGGGAGAGGGCCAUUCUUAGUCCGAAACCUCCCGGCACUUUUCUUCUGCGCUUCAGUGAGAGCAGCAAGGAGGGGGGCAUUACAUUUACAUGGGUAGAGAAAGAUAUUAGCGGAAAGACCCAGAUCCAGUCAGUGGAGCCCUACACCAAGCAGCAGCUCAACAGCAUGUCUUUUGCUGACAUCAUCAUGGGCUACAAGAUUAUGGAUGCCACCAACAUUCUGGUCUCGCCUCUUGUGUAUCUCUACCCUGAAAUCCCCAAAGAGGAGGCUUUUGGGAAGUACUGCAGACCUGAAUCAGUUCCUGAACCUGAGAUAGGAGGGGACUCUACGAGCACUAUUCAGCCGUACUUGAAGACCAAAUUCAUCUGCGUUACCCCGUGUCCCUCCGUGUUCAUGGACUUGCCAGACAGUGAGCUGCUUGGGAACGGAUUCCCAUGCACAAACUCUGGAAACACCAGUGAUCUGUUCCCCAUGUCCCCUCGCACCCUCGACUCUCUGAUGCAUAAUGAAACUGAACCUAAUCCAGGACAUUUGGAUUCCCUCACUUUGGACAUGGAGGUAUCAUCCCCUCCUAUGUGAAGAGAUGCAUCAGGCUUCUUUAUUUUUCUUCUUACUUUGUCUUUGUCUGGAUUUAUGUUGGAGGAUUUCUUUCUCUCUCCAUGCACACAGUCUGCCUGUACAGUUUGUUUCUUUGUAAAAAAAAAUGACUCUUUCACACUGUAGGAAGUUGGAUGAUUUAAAAAAGGUCUUCUUUUGAAAAGGUGAUUUUGACUGUCCACCUGUAGUUCAUCGUGUGAGGCUGUUGACUGAUACUGUCCUGUUGUAUUUUCAGCAGCAUACUGCUUUCAUUCAGUGCUCUCCCACCAUCACAGAUAUCUUACUAUUUUGAAUUAUAUUUUUUGAGAACAUUGUAUUUUUGUGUUAUGGACUUUCAAAAAUGAUUCUGAUAUCAUGUGUUAAGAAAUGUAAUGAGUAUUUCUUGUAUAAGCUAUGCUGCUUAGGAAUUGUACUUUGAACUGUUUUAAUGGUUUUCAAUAUGUCUCAUUGCAUAUUUAAUCAAAUGCCAAAUUCUAAUGCCACAGGCAUUUAACAAAACCUAUAACAUAUUUUUGUGUUAUUUUAGCUUUUUCUCAGAAUGAAAUAUUUCUAACAUUUCUGAGAGACAUUGAAAGUGUUGAAAAAUAUAUAAUUUAGGGGGAAGAGGAGGCGUAACUUUAACAUGAAUGAUGUUAUUUCCUUGUCGUGUUGUGAUAAAUAAUGUGACCAUACCUGUAAAUGUUAUGUACUAAACAAAGUUUUUUUCUCCCACUUGAUUAACUGUAAUUUGUGAUCACUGGUUUUGCAGAUGCUUUAGAAAUUAACAGUAUUUUUAACAUGUUUGAAUCACAAAUUUGAUUUGAUAAGCACUUCAAAUAUUUGUUUGACAACAAUUCAGUGCAAGCCACGCUUGUCUGUCCUGUCAUGAUAUCUCAAGAUGUUUCCUGUAAAAUAUGUUGUAACUAUUCAUUAUUUGGUGAAAAGAAAUAAAAACAAGUUAUCACUAGUUUAA